AGUAAACCCGUUCGGCAGGGGUUAAAAUAACUCCAUUAGCUACCUCACUGCGCUUGACAGGUCAGAAACCAGAAUUAUCUAGAGCUGAAUUGAGACUGAGAAUCAAAUAUCUCAUCAGUAAUAAAUACCUUUAAAUAAUAACAGCAACGAGGGUUUGUACACAAAUUGAAAGUUUAAUACUGCUUCAAAACUUUAAAGUUUUUUUUUCCGUAAGUCGUCAAAGUCAUGAAGGAAUCAUUUUCUAAAGAGCUUGCUUUGAGGACGGACGCCCUUGUUUGGAUUGAAACAGUUUUGUUAGCUCUCAUCAAUGUUGUGGCCUUCUUUGGCAAUCUCCUUACUUGUUACGCCGUGUACAGAAACCACAGCCUUCGUACGCUUCCCAACAUGCUUGUGAUAGCGCUUGAUGUAAGCGAUAUUCUCAUGUCCAUCUUCUGUAUGCCUUUUUCAGUUGUAACUCUUUUUCGCGGCCACUGGAUUUUUGGUGAGAGUUUUUGUCGUUUUGUCGGUUUUGGAGCAUUCACAUUUGGAUUUGCUUCUCUUCAGACUAUGGGAUUAAUUGCAGUAAGUCGAUAUUACUGCGUUGUCAAACCGGAAAAGUACGCGGUCUUGUUCAAAAAACAAAGAGCUUUGCUGUACAUUGCUGUUGUUUGGUGCGUAGCUCUCGUUGGAUCUGUGCCUCCGUUCUUCUUUAACAACUCUGGAUUUGAAUUCCACCCGGGUGAAGCCAUGUGCUUGUAUACAUUUGAAAGAAACAUUACCUACGCUGUCUUUCUUGGGCUCAUUUAUAUUGCAGCACCCUUAACAGUAAUUAAAAUCUGCUACGCCAAAGUGUUCUGCUCAGUAUCGCAAUCAAACCGUGUUUUCUCGCUUCAAAACAACUUGCAGCAACUCAGAGCGAACGUGGAAGAAGCAAAAGUUACCAAGACUUUAGCAGCAGUAAUGGUCGGUUUUACAUGUUGUUGGCUUCCUGUCUCUGUCAUGGACUACAUCGACGUCGCACAAGGGAAAUCCACUUUUUCGCGACAAGCUUACCUUACAUACGGGUUCUUGAUUUACCUUAGUAGCGCCAUAAACCCUUUCAUAUAUGAAGUAACAAAUAAACAGUUCAGGCGAGAGUACAAAGCUAUUUUGAGUCAGAUUCUCUGACUUCGGCGCCAAAACGAUCACCAGAGUUAUCAUAAAGCAAAGCCUUCACGCACUUUGUUACAGCUUCGGAGGGGAUAUACGUACAAGAAACCCACUUGAGCGCAGAGUAUUAUAAUAUAAACGUUUUUUUUCUUAAUUAACCUUUGCGAACUCGCCGAUGUACACCAAAAUGUAUCUGCAGAUAAACCAUUUGGGCCAAAAGUUGAGUUUAUAACCCGUUUAUUCACACCCAAGUCCAUCUAUCUACAUUUUCAGGCGGAGCGGUGAAACUGAAUAAAGGAAACUACCAUUUACAGCAUUUUCAGUAAAUUCCGGUUUCGAUGCGUAAAUGGAUAUGACUCUUUCUCUGUGUACAGCCCACUAGAAAAUUUCCGGGACAAAGAAAAACUACUUUUGUAAGGGUCAUACGCGUGCCAUUUACCAGUCUGGCCGUUACUAAUGAAAAUUCAUAUUCCAUGUAAAGUUUUGUAUCGUUUACAGCAGCCCCAAUCCUUUUGGUUUUCACAGCCUUAGCCUUAAUUAUCCUCAACGUUUCUUUGUUCUUCCCGUACGGUGAUUCCUCACUAAAAUUUCCGUAAUUUCGUUCUAAAUAGUAAACAGCCACUGUUACCUAAUGUUCUAAUUUUUUCCACAU